GCAGAGCUGAAGGCUGCAUGGUGGUUUCAGAAACUGCCUACUUAAUUUGAAAAGAACAAUGGUAGGAAAAGCUAGAUCUUCCAAUUUUACCUUAUCUGAAAAGCUUGAUCUGUUAAAGCUUGUGAAGCCAUAUGUUAAAAUUCUGGAAGAACACACUAACAAACAUUCAGUAAUAGUGGAAAAGAAUAGAUGUUGGGAUAUCAUAGCAGUUAACUAUAAUGCAAUUGGAGUAGACCGCCCUCCUCGAACAGCGCAGGGCCUACGCACUCUUUACAAAAGGCUCAAAGAAUAUGCCAAACAGGAGCUAUUGCAGCAAAAAGAGACCCAAUCAGAUUUUAAAAGCAAUAUUUCUGAGCCAACCAAGAAAGUUAUGGAGAUGAUUCCCCAGAUUUCCAGUUUUUGCCUGGUAAGAGACAGGAACCACAUACAAAGUGCAAACUUGGAUGAGGAAGCACAGGCUGGUACCAGUUCACUACAGGUAAUGUUGGACCACCAUCCAGUUGCUAUUACAGUGGAGGUGAAGCAAGAAGAAGACAUUAAGCCCCCUCCUCCACUGGUUUUAAAUUCUCAACAGAGUGGUACUUUAGAGCAAAGAGAAGAACAUGAAUUAGUACAUGUUAUGGAAAGAUCUUUGUCACCAUCACUUUCCUCUGUUGAUAUGAGAAUGACAUCGUCUCCGUCUUCUAUCCCAAGGAGAGAUGAUUUUUUUCGGCAUGAGAGUGGAGAAAAUUUUAGGUCACAGUUAGGGUAUGAUCCUCAGAUUCUGCAAAUGCUGAAAGAGGAGCAUCAGAUAAUUUUAGAAAAUCAAAAAAAUUUUGGAUUAUAUGUUCAGGAGAAGAGGGAUGGAUUGAAAAGAAGGCAGCAGCUAGAGGAAGAGCUGCUAAGAGCAAAAAUUGAAGUGGAGAAGCUGAAAGCAAUUCGCUUACGGCAUGAUCUACCUGAAUAUAAUAAUCUCUAAGAUUUUUUUUUUUUGCAAUUUGAUCAUUUUAAUUUUGGCCAACUUUCAUUUGGAAAUAUCCUGAAGCAGAGUGCAUAUUCUUAAAAAAUCUUGUUAAUCUCUAUUAUGAAAAAGGCUUUUUGACAUGAUUUUCUAAGUAUUUAAUUUUCCUUUGAGAUAUA